AUGGUGAAGUGGUGGCAGGUGGGUGGUGUCUCCAAUGCAGACCUCGCCGAUGCAACGGAAGUGGCCAAGGCCUUGCAGCCCUGGGAGGCAACUUGGAAGGUGUCCCAAGAGCCGUUCUUCGACUCACGUUUGAUCGUUGAGACCUCUGCCCUUUUCAUUGCAGCAUCCUUCAGGAUACGUCACUUGGACCAAAUUUCAGGUCCGAAUGGUCCCGAGGAUGAAAAGCAUGAGGCAAAGUUGAAGGGGAGUAGCGAUUUCGACCAACUGCUUGGCCGUGGCAGCCCUAGCCCAGCUGUGCAUACCUCAGGAAGUCAGUUCAAACUCCGUCAUGCAGCCUGCUGCCAUGCUCAUCACUUCAUGGGCUUUGACCGUUUGGCCACUGAGCUGGUACCAUGCUGUCGUCCUCUGAGAGAUCAGCUCAAGCAGACUCUCCAGUCACUGUGUGUACAGCGCGGUAAGAAGAAGGCUGAACUCGAAGAAUUACUGGACUCAGAGGUGGACCGCUUCCUGCGUUCCCGGCUGGUGGUGUGUCGCCUCACGGAUGUGAUGACUCCUGAUAUCAUUGCCAAGUAUGAUUCAGAGUCGGAGUCAGAGGACGAUGAGCAUGGUGGCCUGGAAGGUCAUGGCAUUUUCAACGUGACGGCUGUGUCCAAAGGUCGACCACCGUGGAAGGACGCGUUGUUUGGUGACGUGGGUGGUCGGCGCGGACCUCCUCCAGUGCAUCCACUGGGAGCACAGGUGAAUUUGAGCAAGAAUCAAUUGGCCAACAAGCUUCAGCAGAUGCGUCAUCACGCUUUGGCGGGUCACCUGACGACCUCCCUGGGUGGCGUGGCAGGUGGUGUUGCCGAGGCUGCCCGGCAGACGACACGAAUGGAGCGCAGGCAACGAGCCAAGGAGAAGGGUAUGCGCCUCUUCGAGCAUCGCUUCUUCCGGGCAUUCACAGUGGGCCUCGGCCAAUCUCUCUUCGGCGAUCGCGAGGAUUUGGUUUUCCGGUUUGAGGUGGCAGCCAUGAAUGUUCUGCAGACCUAUCAGGGCGAGCUAUCACUGGCUUUGCAUUCACUGAUGGGAUGGUUGCCAGCACAUGUGUCUAAGAGCCUCUUCUUGGUGAUCUCCGGGCUUCCGGCGAUGGUUGCGGCUAAACAGGGACCCGAGAAGUUUGGCAUGUUGCUGAAGUGUGUGAAUUGCAUCGCCAGUGGCAGUGGUCGGUAUGUUUUCGUGAGCACUCCCAGUUGGUAUUUGCCUCUCUCUGCGCGGAUUGCUGGACUUGGACGCUUGCAUGAGAUCCGCGAAGCCUCUCUGGCAAUGCGUGGUCGACCAAUCACCAGCGUGCAGUCUGUGUGGCCAAGCCCCUGUGAGCCACAGGAGGUGAUUGCCGCUGUGGAAGCCAUUUGGGGCGGCCGCAUUGCCGGUGUCCGUGCUGCACUGGGUCUCUGCGGUGGUGUGGAGGCUGGACCACCGCUGAGACACUGCACACUGCAACACACUGCAACACGCUGCAACACGCUGCAGCACGCUGCAGCACGCUGCAAUAAAAAUUCGGAACAUAUUCAUUGUUGCAUAUAA